AACGUCUUGGCAUCUGAUGUGUGGUGAUUUUGCUUGAUCUCUUGGUUGCCGCGAUACUGUCCCAACAUAUUGUCAACUGUUGCAACAAGCUUUGUAACAAUACAGGGCUAGAUUGCCGUGUAAUCGCAAUUUGUGACAGCAAACGGGAAGCUGACGCAUAUUUGAAAGUGUCGCCGUCGGGAUAAUAUCAACACUCAAAAUGGCCGAUAAAUACGAUCCAGAAGGUGUUCCUCCACCAGCGGCAAGCCAGCAGACCACGGUGACCACAACGACUACAACAACAAGUACAGGUCUUGUUCGUGAUUAUGGAUUUAUCACAUGUGAUUGGGGUUAUCCCAUUAAAACCAUGCACGGAAUCAUGAAACUCGUACAGAUCAUUCUGUCACUGUUAUGUCUUAUCUGUAUAUCUGCGUCACCAUGGUAUUGGGGCAAAAACUGGUCAUCAUACAGAUUUCUGCAAUUUGUCACAUGCUUCUGUUUGUCAUGUACGGGUACUCUUAUACUUAACUAUAUGACCAAGUGUCUUUACAGAGUACCGUUACCAUGGUUAUUUAUCGAGUUAUGCUAUACUACGAUUGCAUUCAUAUUUUAUCUGAUUGGUUCUUCUUGUGUUGCUGCAGCUACCUACGGAAAUGGCGGUUUAGGGGCUGCUGCGGCGUUCGGUUUCUUUGCCAUGGUAGCUUAUGGAGUGGAAGGAUAUUUUCUCUUCAGAGAAUGGCGUACCGGUAGAACACAUGCAGUUGAACGUGGUGGCGGUGGUGGUGGUGGUGGUGGCGUCACAACAACAACAGUUGCUGAGACCAAGCAAGAGGCUCCUCCAGCAUAUUCCCCUUAG